CACACAUCUGUCGAGUUGGGCGAUGACAGCAGUUUUUGUCAAAUUCUCAAUUUUAGUUUCAACGAAUCUAACAAAAACUUAUAAAAAUACCUUCAUUUACGUAAAAUUUAGUUUAAAACCAUACAUACAUUGCGUACUUUAUAAAUAACAAAAACCAAAUACGUCAAUUUAGUGUGUGUCAGUAAAGUGGGUGGUUUCCGUUCGUAAUUAUUGGAAUGUUAUUUGUGUCAUGCCCGCAAAAUCGACAAGUUUCGCAGAUGAUAUUAACUGGAUGAAAAAUGAAGGGUGUUGGUAGUUUACCAGCUGAUAGGGAGGGAAUGAUCAAUAAACCUAUCGUUACAUGCGCGGGAGAUUGGAAUUUGUUCUGUACGUUAGAAGCGCCGCUCGUUGCUGCUAUCCCUCAGGACUCUUGUGAGUGGAGAAGAUCAUACGGUCGUGCAACAAAGUCUGUUUACUUGGAAGCUUCAUUCAUAAAAUACAAUAAAGAAAAACUUCAAUCAGAAUUGAAUUUGUUAAAACGCCCAAUACUUCAAGUUUAUUGGACUGAUUGUGUGGACAUUGAGUAUUAUAAGACAACACUGCGAGAAGAAAUAGAAACAUGGUUGAAACAAUUAGAAAAAGCAAAUGUAACAGAUUGGAUGAUUGUCCAAGUAGAAACUUAUGAUAUAAGGAAAGCAAACAAACUUUUACCGAGAACAACAGUUUUGGAUAAAAUAAAAGGAGAUUUUGCAGUAAAGCAGAAUGAAGAUAGAUUUAUAUCAGUAAUAAAUCCUAUAAAAUCAGAGGCUAGAAGUGCUGAAUCAUGGAGAGCUUUGGUGGCAAAGAUGAGACACUUUAUUCUUGUUGCUUAUAAUAAGGCAUUGAUUAAAUUUGAAGAGUAUAUGAGAGAGCAGAGAGAAAAACGGAAUGAUUCAGAUUGGGAUUUUUGUAAAUAUUUCAUUUUACAGGAACAACUAGCAUUUGUGCUAGAAAUGUUAGGAUUAUAUGAUGAAGCACUGGUUCAGUAUGAUGAAUUAGAUGCUCUGUUUUCGCAAUUUGUACUCAACUCAAAUAUAGCAGAGAGUCCGAAAUGGCUCGACACAUUUAGACAGCCAGUAAGUUCGUGGCAAGCUGUGAGACUGACCACUCUCGUUCCUCAGCACUUGAGAGAACUGAUAAUUAAGAAGAGAGCUUCUUUGUUGGAUUUUAGAAGUUAUCUGUUUCAAAGACAAAGUGCCAUGUUAUUACUAACAUUUAAACCUUGGGAGAUAGCGUCCCGUUGUCUAGCCACCGUGCAUAAUUCGAUAGUUGAGUUAAGUUUGUUGGGUGCGCCCGCUGUGGAUGGUGCGAGCGCGUGCUGGGCACACUUAGCGUGCGCGGAGACGUUGCGGGCCUGCGAACGCUUGGCGGCCACUAAUAACGCACUGGAAAUGUGCACGGCAGCGCAAGCACCGCUCCUGCAUCAUGCCAAAGAUAAGUUGCACGAAUUGGGUAAGCUCUGUGGUCUACUCCCCGGUUCGCCGGAACCCACGUCAGAGCAACUCCAUCUAGUCGUGAUGCUGUCCGCGGGCAUGGGGGACAGCGAACCCAACUCGCAGCCGCCCACGCCGACGGACAGGCUCAAGGAGGCCCUGUGCAGCGCUCCCUCGUUCCAGCAGUACUAUCUGGAGCUGGCCGAGCUGGCGAUGGGAACUUACAAGCACAUAGGGAGGUUAAGAUUCGCUCGGCUUAUCGGUAGGGAGCUGGCAUCGUUCUACUCCGAGUUGGGCGAGACCAGCAAGGCGGUGGUGUUCCUGAUGGACGCGUUGAGGUCGUACGAGGAACAAGGCUGGAAGGAGCUGGCGGCACAAACGAGAUUAGAAUUGGUUUCGGCGGCGAAGAAAAUGAAGGACAUGGAUAGAUACGCGAAGCUCUCUGCAACAAUAGCAUGCACACAAGAAUUAGAAAUACUAGUCAGGAAUUUUUACUUCGAGGAAAUGAUGAGGACCAUACGUGAGGAUCUGGCGAACAAAACCGACACGGUGCUGGCCGAAUUGAACGAGUGCUUCAAGGUCAAGUCUGUCUCGUUACUGCCACCCGAAAGGGGUCUUUACAUCACCGAGAAUAAGGUUCAAUGUCGUGUAGUCAUAGAAAGUUUUCUACCUAAAGAUAUAAAAUGUACGAAGGCAGCAAUAAGCAUAGAGUUAUUUAAAGACGACAAGGUAGCGGAGAAGAAGCCUCCCGUCAAACACAAGACUGAUUUAAGCGUUAACUGUAGUGUAGGAAUACAGACCGGCUCGCCGAAGAGGAACGUCGAUAAAAUUGAAGAUGCAAUAAAUAGUUUAGUUUGUAGCUUAAGACUCGAUGAUUUAAAACCCAACAAUCCUUUACUAAACCCGUUACAUAUAACUUCGCAAUUGCACUACAAAGAGGACAAGUCUUUACAAAAGGUGACCGUGGAAUGUCACAACCCUAAAAUGCCGCUGCGUCGUUCUGACAGUAGCAAAUAUCGGAAGCCGUCGGCGACGAUCAGAAACAACUACCAGAAUUGCUUUUCCAGUGAGGAUAUAUUACUGAAACCUGGCUCCAACGACCUGAUACUGGAUUUUACAGCGACAGAAAAGGGCGCGUUUAAAUUAGGUCAAAUAUCGAUAACAGUGGAGGGGAAAUUGGAGUUUUUAUCGAACGCUUUGAUUGGCGGUAAAGUCGGAUUCGAAGUGGUAACUCAGGGGGUCAACGUUUAUUUAAACAAAGUCGAACCUAAGAAGGAUCUGGUCGCUGGCUUGGAGCACGCAAUGGAGCUAGUUGUGACUUGUGGGAGUACCAGGAUUGAAGAGGACUCGAAGAUAUCAUUGAAGACGACAUCUGGGUUGCUGAUUCGGCUGUCGGAUGAGUUCUCUAUAAUGUCUCGCGAGGUGUCGGUGCGGGUCGCGUGCGAACCCUUCGACACGGCUACGAUACCGUUGACCCUGUUCGCCAGCCUUCAGCCCAGGAGGGAGAGGAGCGUCGAGCACGUCGUUUGGAUAACGUGCCCCUGGUUGGAGUCGGCAAUGGAAGUUCCUCUACACUUCUCCCCGCCCAUGAUCGCGUCGUGGCGCCUCCUCACUUCCAACACCCGGAAGUUCGUGCACGUGACUCUGAAGUCGACGGUCGCGCACUACGUCCAGUUCGCGCUCACCGAUGCCGGCCUGCAGUGCGACGGUAACAACACCGUGUCGGAUUUGAACCCGAAGAAGAGCGAUCAUAUGAUGGUAGCGUCAGACGGCACGACGGCCUCCUUCAUGUGGGAGCUGCUGAAGGAUCCCCUCGUGAAGGCGGGACCGAUGAAGUCGAUAUUCUCCGUGCAGUACCAGGCGACGGGCGGCGAGGAGCCGGCGCGGCCCUUCGUCUGCCCCUUCGACAUCCAGGACUACACGACGCUGUUCGUCAUCAGGACCAGGCUGGAGCCCUGCAAGGGGUCGGACUUCUGCAGAGCGUCGCAGAUGUGCUGCUUGCAGCUCAACGUGCAACGGGUUAACGAAACUGAGCACACGUCACUGAUGUACGAAGUCCUAGCAGAUCAGACGAUGUGGGCAGUACUGGGCCGAACUGCGGGUGUGAUAACGACGGAGUCUGCGAGCGCGGACCCGCAGUGCGUGGCGCUGGACGUGAUGCCGCUGGUGGCCGGCUACUUGCCGCUGCCCACCGUCCGCCUCUCCAAGUACAUCGCAGCCAACGCCAAGGAUAGCUCAUCCCACCCGCGUCUGGAGCCCUUCAGUCCGGGGCAAAUAUACCACGCGGGGAAGGCGAAACAAGUGCACGUCCUGCCCCCCAUGCCGAAAGAACAUUUGGAACCAACCGCUAAUUAAAUACUUUAGUAAUGAUCUGCUGAUGACCGCCUGCGACGCUUCAGAUGACGCAGGAAAAACUCGUAUACAACUAUAGGAAUCUAUAUUGAUUUUAAAGACGUGUAAGACUUACUCAAUUUUGUUACUUUUGUUACUUUUAUAAAAAUGUAUAUAUAUAAUGUCAACAGUGUUGCCAUAAUAAUUGACAAUUUGUCUUGUUGAAAUUUUAAGAAAAAUCAAAAAGUGAUUUUUUAUUAUGAAAGUUUUUUCAUAUCCUAAGCUUUUGGAUUUAGGAUAUAUUUAUGUCAGUGCGGGCAAUUGUUUUUUUUUUUAUUUUCUUUCUUUCAUUAUUCGUUAAACAAUGUUUGAGGUUCAUAAAAUGAAAGACGUAUAUUGAAACCGGGACAUGAAUGUGUAUAAUUUGUAAAAAAAAAUCCCUUAUAUAAAUUUACAUCUAUACUGAUAUUAUAAAUACGAAUUUAAUUUAUGUUUGGUUUUCACGUCCCUAACCGCUUUGCGAGUAGUCUGAGGUCUCGUAAAUAAUUAUAGGCUACCUUUCGUCCCGCUGCCAAGCAUUGGUUUUCGAGCACGCGUUGCCAAAUAGGCGGGGAAAUCCCCGGGGAGAAAGCUAGUCUCGUUAUGAUAAGAAAUAUAAAAACUUUCAAGACGUAUUAUCUUUAAUCUUGACAAAUCAGAGUCGUUAUAAAUCGAAUUAACUAGCUUUUACAAAUGCUUUCAAUCCCGUGAAUGUAGAAAAUAAAAUUUUGUCUGUGUAAUUACUUAAGACGCAAUAAACACACUAACUUUGCUUUUAUAAUAUCAGUAAGUACUUUCUGCUCUCAUGAGACUAUAAAAAAAUAAAUAUGAUUGUGAAUUAAUUCGUCCAAAACGGUUCAAAAAAAAUAUAUAUUAAAAUUCUCGAGUAAAAUUGUUGUUGAAAGAAAAAUGCUCAUUAAAAUAUUGUAUUACAUAGUUACAUAGUUAGUGCUGGGGAUAUGAAUGGAACUUCUAUUAGUACGUUAAUGAUUAGCCUCUCCAUACUAGCAGGGUCUCUGUUAUGUCACCGGAUUAUUGCAAGUGAUUAAGACAAGUGUAUAUAUAUCGAUGCUUGAAAGGCAAACGUGACUAAGCGACAAUAACUGCUUUGUACAUAAAUGAGAGGCAAUAACCAUAUUCGAUGCGAAAAAAAUAUAUAUUUCUCGAUCUAUUAAAAUAAUUUCAAUCCUACAGCUAGAUUCGUUAAAAUAGAAUAUUUUUCAGGUAUUUCUCAUGUAUAUUUUUUAUUAAUUUCAACUUUAAAUUAGUCUACUGUAAAGUUCACGCAUUGUCGCUUAGUCACGUUUGCCUUUCAAGCGUCGAUAUAUAUUUAUUUAUUUUUUAUUGCCCUUGUUGGCAGACGAGCACGCGGUCCACCUAUUGGUGAGUGGUUACCGUCACCCAUGGACUUCAGCAAUGCCAAGGGCCGAGUCAAGCCGCUGCCUACCGUUAAGUACUCUCCACAAGCCUCGUUUAUUCUAAAUAACUAAAUGAUUUUAUAUAAAAGUUAAAAGAUACCAUACCGUUUUUAUUUAAAAAAAAUGACAUCAAUGUCGUUGCAUACAUUUUAUAAUUUAUGACGUUUGCCUCUAAUAAUUUCCUUGUCAUAAAUCCCUUCCCAUUUACAAGCGCGAUAUUCAAUUAAUAUAUCCUAGUCACUGCCAUAAUUAAGACGAAUCCAUUAUAAAACGCCAUUAAUACCUAUGGACAUACCAAAGAAACAGGCAGACACUGACUUUCUAAAAAUGUGCAGAUUUAAAUUGCCUUUUGUCUAUUGAUUUAAAAAAAAAAGAACUCAUGACUUUGGUAAUAAAUUUAUUUUGUAUCCUGGCAAUAAUCUUUGUAAAGACUAAAAAUACGUUACAUGAAAAAAGCAUAGGACCACAGUACUUGUGAUAGAAAAAUAAUUAUGCUUUUUAAUAAAAUUUUAUGUAAAUACUCUGCAUACUUAGUGUUUAAGCGUUUUUUCUAAACUGCUUUACUGAUAUGUAUACAAAAUAAACUACACAUAUGUAUUAUAUCGCACAUACUGUGUUAUAAAGUCACUUAGGCAAUUUUUGUUAACUCUGAACUGAGUAUGAGAAAAUACAUUUUUUAAUAGUUAUUAGUGAGAUGAGAGAGAUGUUUGCUUUUACUGAUGAAGUUUGUAGUUUAAAUAUUAUCAUAUUUUAUUUCUAUAGCCUAGUAGAACUAUAUAAGAAUUAUAUAGUAAGUUGUUGAUUUUUCCAACAUUUCUCCUGAAAAAUUACGUAAUUUGCAUAAGUGACGUUAUCGCACCGUAUGUGCGAUAUAUUUAAUCGUAAAUAAUAUAGAAUGUAUCAAAAUUAAUUUUUAGAACGUUGUAAAAUGUUUACAUGGUACGUGUUAAGUGUUGUGUUAAUUUUCUUUUCAAUGUUCCAAUAUCUACAACUCAUAUCGAGAGGUUUAAUAUUACGGUUUUACAUAACAAUAAAACCGAUAUUAUGUGCCGAGAAGGAAAACAUAGAGCAUUGCAGGAAGUUCUUCCUGAUGAAGACUACGAAGAUAAAAGAUGGCUGCGCUUCCUUUAUACUUGCUGGCAGCACCUAGCGGCUAAAGAUGGAACUAAAUCGACUGUCUAUGGUUGGACAUAGACAAGGAAUUUAAGCUAAGUACACAUUGCUUCUUCAUAAUACAAUGCUGUAUGUUUUCCAAAGGCACAUCAAUAGCUUUUUGGUUUAAGCGUCAUUUCGUUUUAAUACGCGACAUUUAUCUUUGUAAUUUAAAUGUGCGCUUUAUUUGGUACUAGCGACCCGCCCUCGCUUCGCUUCGGAAACAUUAAAUUUUAUUAUUGAUAGCUGAGUCCCGCGAUGUUACCCGCGGUUAUUGUCGUACCGCGCGUGAAGCCGCGGGGCGAAGCUAGUCUAAAAAAAGUAGCCUAAGUUACUUCUUAUAUCAUCAGCUACCUAUCACUGAAAGUCCCGUCAAAAUCGGUCCAGCCGUUCCAGAGAUUAGCCGGAACAAACAGACAGACAGACAAAAAUUGUUAAAAAUGUUAUUUUGGUGUAUGUACCGUAUACAUAUUCAUAUGCAUGUAGUAAAAAGCGGUUAUUUCAAUAUUACAAACAGACACUCCAAUUUUAUUUAUAUGUAUCGAUUACCAUCAACAGUUAGCUAUUUUUAAUUGAACAUCAAUAAGUUUACUCCAUUGAAAUAGCUGAAGAAGGUCUAUUAGUUAUUAUAUUUUUUUUCAAAUAUUAAAUUAUAAAUGGCUCUUUGGUAAUGUUGCAAAAGUCUCGCUUAAACUAAAUAUCCUUUACCCCUCGAAAUGUAUUUGAAAAUUGUUAUUUGUAUUGUUUUAAAACGCAAUAAUUAGUUUAUGACUGGUAUUAUUAAUAUAGAUAACUUAUCUUUGUGGAUCUGGGUUCGGCGACGACAGAGGAAGAGAAAUAAGUUUGUUAUUCGUCAAUGUAACGCUUUAUACGCUGUGUAGUCUUAAGUCUUUACUGGCGGUAGGACCUCUUGUGAGUCCGCACGGGUAGGUACCACCACCCUGCCUAUUUCUACCUAUGCCUACGCCUACAGCCUAUGCCUACAGAUACAGACAAACAAGAUUUGUCUUAUACGAGUAAGUAAUUUACCUUUUUUUAUUUGGUUUUUUAAUCUAAAUUUAAAAGAAUGUUCGUCACCCAUUACAAUGUAUGUUACAUUACCUACCAUUCCAUAUACCAAUUAUUUUUUUAUUAAUACAUAAUAUUUUUGUUUUAAGUUGAAGCAUUGAAUCAUAAACAAUUUAUUGUUUUUCAAUUCUGUAGAAAACCACAAUUUUUUAAAUUUUAAUAAUUUAAAAUUUCUCUUUUUUUACUCUGACAAUAUUAUGAUAAUAACAUGAGUAUAAGGUUGAUUCUUGGCAAUAUUGACUCGUGUAAAUUCUAACAGUAACAGAUUGCAACAAAGGUCUCUUGCGAAUGCUGUGAGCCUCUGCCAGCUUAACAAAUGUCAAAUUACUAAAACAUCAAAUAUUUGGGCUUGAAAAUGCAAUUACAUGGUACUAGUUGUUUUUGUCUUUUCUCUCCGUUUAGGGUGGAAAGGUAAAAUUUCAUCUUGAACUUUUCACCUCGAUCAUCCGCUAUAUUUGUUGGAGUUUACUGUUAAAAGGAUCUGUGUGCUUAGUGCGAGUUUUUUAACGUUCUCGAUAGCGUAAAAGUUAACUCAAAUUUGUAUGGAGUUGGAACAGCGCCCCUAGCGGCAAACGUAGGCAAACGUUCCAACUCCAUACAAUUUCAAUUAACUUUUACGCUAUCGAGAACGUUAAAAAACUCGCACUAAGCACACUGUUCGUUUGGAACUUUCAGUCCAACAACCAAUUUGUCGGGCGGUAAAAUUAAGCGUUGACAAGAAAGCGUAUUUUUCAUUAAAAUAGAAUAGCUGACUUUUCCAUAACGUUUACAUCAUGUACCUACUACAUAUUGAGUUAAUAGAACAUUUGGCAUAAUAGGCACUGAUUUAACUCAUUACCUGAUUAAUUAAACUAUUCUUUAAAUAUUAGUUUAGAAUUGUUAAUUUUAAUUUUAAUUUAACUCAUAAAAUUAUGUUAGCGCCAAAAUAUUUGAAAAUUUAAAUAACUUUUUGUGACGCAGUACACGUACAUGACAGUAGAUGACUUACUACGUUAUUUCAAAAUUGUAAGGCAAACGCGUUUAUAGACAUCUGUCUAUAUGGCAUUAUACUCGAUGGCUUUGGCAUUUAAAGAGUAAACUCUAAUGGUGCGUCAUACCUGAUCGAUAACUUUUUUCAACGACAACGAUUUUGAUUCCAUACCUAGUCCUUAUCUUGUCGGUGUUAUAGUUAAUGGGUUAUUUUUAUAUGUCGGUGCUAAGUUCGCCCUAUGUAGUCAAUAAGAAAUAACAAUGAUAAUUACACAUUCUUUUGUUUGUUUUGUUAGCUCGUAUCAAAAAGAAAUAACGAUUUAAUCUUUUUAAUUUUUUUUACCUUUCAGUUAUUAUGGUAAAUAUCUGUCCCAGUUUUGGUAGAAAUUUUCUUUUAUUAUCUAUGGAAAAUUAUUAUUAUCUGUGGGAUUGCUGUUUUCCGAUUUAGUUCCAUAGCAUAGAAGAUAGGACCGCCUCUGCCCUCCAUAUUCCUUAAAGCAGCUUGAUUUUAAAAGCAUUGAUUUUAGUUAGAACACAGAUGCCAAAAUAUUUUAGUGACCUUAUAGGUACUACAUCCAGUGCUCUCAUACGAAUCGCGGGCCUGUGACGUGGUUUAGUUGUGAGUUUUAUGCGUACCAGCAUAUUCAUAAACAACUUUCAAGCAAAGCAUAUACAACCUUCUUUUUCAGUUAAUUUGUAAAUUUACUACAUAAAAUAGCAAUACGAAUUUUUUAUUUACUACAUUUAUUAAGAUUUUUUUUUUUUCAAUAUGUUUAAGUAGACAUUUAAAUUUAAGUUUUAAGUAUAUUUUCUUUGAAGCAUGUAUAGAUAUUAUAUGCGUUAAUAAUAUAUUUAAAUAUGAUGUAACAAACAAUGUUAUUGUAAAUAAAACACAUUUAUUGUAUAAACGCAGGAAAAGUAUUUAUGUUUCAUACUGUGUAUAACUAGCUAUACUGGGUGUAAUUAAAUGUUUCAUUGUUGGAAA